UUGGUCGACUCUGAAUCUUAGGCGCCUGUCCGAAAUCAAUCUCUCGUUGUUCGUUUAGCUGACACUCACAGCUGAUUCAAGAAGCAUCGCGCGAAUUUCGAACGGCAGAUAAGGUUGUCGGCCCGCAGCCAGCAGCCAGAAUCAGGAAGUUCCCAUUUUCUUGUUCAUUCCAAUUCCUCUGUUGAGGAAGCGGAGGAGGAGAAGUGAUGGACAAAGACAAGGCGGAGUUCUUGAAGGAGUUCGGCGACGGCUACGGAUACCCCGAUGGUCCCAAAUCGAUUGAUGAAAUCCGAGCCACUGAGUUCAAGCGAUUGGAGGGUCUUGUCUACUUGGAUCACGCUGGAGCAACCUUGUAUUCUGAGCUGCAGAUGGAAGCUAUUUUUAAGGAGCUGACUACCACUGUCUAUGGAAAUCCUCAUAGCCAGAGUGACACAAGCAUGGCGACUUCUGACAUUGUGAGGGAAGCGCGGCAGCAGGUCCUUGAAUACUGCAAUGCAUCCCCAGGAGAGUAUAGGUGCAUUUUCACUUCAGGGGCCACAGCAGCACUGAAACUGGUGGGAGAAGCAUUUCCAUGGAGCUCCCAAAGCCGUUUUAUGUACACAAUUGAGAACCAUAACAGUGUCCUUGGCAUUAGGGAGUACGCUUUGGACCAAGGAGCUACUGCAUGCGCAGUAGAUAUUGAAGAAUCUGUGCAUUGUGGCAAAAGUUUAAUCAAGGUUUUUCAGCAUUCAAGCCAGAGAAGACAUGAGUGCCAAGAUUACAAAGCUGCUGGGGACACAUACAGUUUAUUCGCCCUUCCCUCAGAAUGUAAUUUCUCAGGGGUGAGAUUCAACCUCGACUUAGUUAAAAUGAUUAAAGAAGAUUCCGAAAAUGUACUGGGAGGCUCUGGUUUUCACAGAAACAAAUGGAUGGUCUUGAUUGAUGCUGCCAAAGGAUGUGCAACACAGAAAGUGGACUUAUCUAGAUAUCCUGCUGAUUUUGUGGCCAUAUCGUUUUAUAAGUUAUUUGGCUAUCCAACAGGAUUAGGGGCUCUCAUCGUCCAAAAGGAAUCUGCCAACUUGCUGAGGAAGAAAUACUUUAGUGGAGGAACUGUUGCAGCUUCAAUUGCUGACAUAGACUUUGUUAAACGAAGGGAAGAUGUUGAAGAGUCAUUCGAGGAUGGAACCACUUCAUUUCUAAGCAUUGCUUCUAUCCGUCACGGGUUUAACUUGCUGAAUUCUUUAACGGUAACAGCAAUAUCACGACACACAGCCUCUCUUGCCACAUACUUAAGAAAGAUGCUUUUGGACUUAAGGCAUGAAAAUGGAGCUGAAGUUUGCUCACUUUAUAGAGGUCAAGCUUCAAUGGAUAUGGGUCCCACUAUUGCAUUCAACCUGAAGAGGCCAGAUGGCUCUUGGUUUGGCUAUCGUGAAGUUGAAAAGUUGGCUUCUCUUUCUGGAAUUCAAUUACGGACGGGAUGUUUUUGCAAUCCUGGAGCAUGUGCAAAGUAUCUUGGUUUGUCUCACCGGGAUCUUCUAUCCAAUCUUGAGGCUGGUCAUGUAUGUUGGGAUGAUAACGACAUUGUAAAUGGGAAACCAACUGGAGCUGUGAGAGUGUCUUUCAGCUAUAUUUCAACUUAUGAAGAUGCAAAGAAAUUCCUUGAUUUCCUCCACAGAUCGUUUGUAACAUCUGGCAAUCAUUGUACACGUCCAUGUCCUGAAAGAUUCUCAUUAGAUCGGGGGAUUUGUGUUAAGUCUAUAUAUAUCUACCCAAUUAAAUCAUGUGGAGGAUUUAGUGUUGAGAGUUGGCCUCUUAGCUAUACUGGCUUUCUACAUGAUCGGGGAUGGGUUCUGAAAAGUCUAACUGGUGAAAUUCUUACACAGAAGAAGGUUCCUAGCCUGGGCCUCAUAAGCACUUUCAUUGACCUCAGCCGUGGUAUAUUGGUUGUCAAGACACCACGUUGCAAGGACAAGCUAGAGAUCGAUAUUGGCCCAGAUUCACAGAAACAUGCAAGAGAUCAAAUCAAUUUGCAUGCUCGGAGAUAUGACGUGCAGGUCUACAGUGACGACGUCAAUGUGUGGUUCAGUAAUGCUGUUGGUCGACCCUGCUUGUUGUUACGAUGUGCUAUCAACAGAAACUUUGACCACUCCAAAGAGAACGGCAGUGCUGAAGGCUGCCGAGAUGUAAAGAGCCAGUUAAACUUUGCUAAUGAAGCUCAGUUCUUGUUGAUAUCUGAGGAGAGCUUGUCUGAUCUAGAUAGCCGGAUUAAAUUAGCUCAUGUGGAAGAGGGUGCUCAACAAUCACCAAUCCGAAUCAGUCCAAACAGAUUCAGGCCGAAUCUCAUCAUAUCUGGAGGGGAACCGUAUGCAGAGGAUAGUUUGCGUACCCUUAAAAUUGGAGGAAACUUAUUCACAUCGAUAGGUGGGUGCAACCGUUGCCAGAUGAUCAAUAUGACGAGUGAAGGAGGUGAAGUCAUCAAGUCGAAGGAACCUCUGGCCACCUUAGCGUCAUACAGGAGACAAAAGGGAAAGAUUUUAUUCGGCAUUCUGCUAAGAUACGAGGCUGUCGCUGAAGAAGAGCAAGACAGGAAGUAUUCACGGAUUAAAGUGGGAGAUGAAGUGCAUCCCAGCAUAUAAUCAUCUGCUGAAAACUGGUGUGGGCUUCAGAGAGUGGAGUAAAUUAGUGUCGAGUUCCCUGACCUGCCCUGAACGAACUGCACUGAGGAAGGUGAUUCUAUGAUCACAGCAAUCGACAAUUACAGCAGGGAAUUGAUCAGGAAGUUUUGAUGUCCUCGAUAGUAAUGGAAACCUAAGGAAACCGGUAGAGAUCACAACUCGAGCUGGAUCUGUUCUGGGAUUCAAAAUUACCAGCUCUGCAAGUAGAAGUUGUAUAUAACCACCAAAAUGCUGUCACUAAUGUGAAGACUCAUUCCAGAAAUAACAAACUUCACAUCUUUCACUGCUUCUGA